AUGGCGCCUACAGCCCAUUCCCCCGUCACCUCUCAGCUACGCCAAUUAAUCUACUACCACCUCGACAAUAACCUUCUCAAAAACGCCCUCUUCCUCGCAUCCCGGCUAGUGGCCUACGAAUCUCGUUCCCCCGAAGCAGCCUACCUCCUUGCCUACUGUCAAUUCCAGUCGGGAUUUCUCAAAGCCGCAUGGGAUACCUCUCGCGCCCUUGCAGUCAAAGGGAGCCACCUGGGGUGCGCGUACGUCUUUGCUCAGUCUUCGCUUGAACUCGGGCGCUUCCUGGAAGGUCUCACAGCACUCGAGAAAUGCAAGCACAUCUGGCAGAGCAGAAACUCGUGGGGUCAACACAAUGAGUCGAGACGCCAACACGUACCUGACGCCGCUGCUGUAUUGUGUUUAAAGGGUAAACUAUGGAAGGCACACAAGAACAUCGACCAAGCAGUGGAAUGCUGGGCCGCCUCUCUCAAGAUGAAUCCCUUCAUGUGGGAUGCGUUCACGGGCUUGUGCGAUGCAGGCGCAAAGAUUGCCGUGCCCAAUAUCUACCGGCUGAAUGAAGACCUGAUAGCCGCGGUGCAUCUGAACCAGCAGCAAGGUGCCAAGGUUGAGAAUCCUCCAGCAGAGAAGAGUCACGUCCCGUCAGAUCCGUUCGUCUCGUCUCAGCGACCAAGCCGGCCACAGAACAACGUGCUGUGGGAGAAACUCAAUGGGAGCAAAGUGAGCGUCAACACAGCGAGCACAAUUCUGGACGAGGAAGGCAUGGCCACUCCUUCGACCGAACCAGAAUCCGACCAGGGCGUGCUUCAAGGUGCACCCACCAACCAACAAAAUGAACCCCCUGCCGCACCUAUGCGGAAGACAAAGACGUCGACCGAGUCACAAGCAGAUCCACCGCCUAGGUGGAAGGCUGGGUCGACUCGGAUGAGGUCAAAGAUGAAAGGUGUAUCAGACGAUGCAACCACUGUCUUGCAAGAUCCUCCCCAGCCACCACCAGCAGCGCCUUCUAAGAGAACGGUCUCGGGUCAACCAACCUCACACGUCGCGCCAUCCAGUAUCGCCGAGGGCACGAGGAGAAGUAAUCGAUUGCUCAAUACAGCGCGGCCUCCCAGUGCGAGUAGUACGGCAGGAAGCAAGAUUUCGUCCCUGGCCAACACGCUCGGUCUACGGGAAGGUCGAGACAUCAAGAAAGCAAAAGCGCCAGCCAUCAAAGGUCGUAUGGCAAAUGCCUCGACCGUAGGGAGAGUAGUAAGUGGGAAUAGGACGAGGACAGGCUCGGCUGAUCAAAUGGAUGUGGACGGCAAAGAACAGAAGCCGACAGCCACCGCCGGUGCGCCUCCUCAUCUGCCCUCCAUACCGAAUCCCAAGACACGAGUGUCCUCCACCGUUGACCAGGAGAUUCGCUCCCUCCAAGAACUCCUUGAGCUGGUCGGCAGGAUUGCCUCGGCCCAGCUCAGCCUCACCAAUUACGACUGUCAAAAUGCCAUCCAAACGUACAACGCCCUCCCUUCACCGCACCGCGAAACACCCUACAUCCUGUCCCAAAUCGCCAAAGCAUACUACGAACAAGCCCAGUACGCCGAGGCCGAAAAGUUCUUCAUCCGCGUCCGACAGCUCGCGCCUGCCCGCCUAGAAGACAUGGAAGUCUAUUCCACCGUGCUCUGGCACCUGAAAUCCGAGAUUGAAUUGGCGUACCUUGCGCACGAGCUCAUUGAAAUCGAUCGACUGUCACCGCAGGCGUGGUGUGCGAUCGGCAACUCGUUCUCUCUGCAGCGCGAGCACGAGCAAGCGUUGAAAUGCUUCAAACGAUCUACACAGCUAGACUCGUCCUUUGCCUACGGCUUCACCCUGCAAGGGCAUGAAUACAUUGCGAACGAAGAAUUCGAGAAGGCACUUGACGCGUAUCGCUCGGCCAUCGCCGCAGACUCGCGGCACUACAACGCGUGGUACGGCCUAGGCAAAGUCUACGAGAAGAUGGGCAAGUGGAACAUCGCGGAGCAGCACUAUCGUACCGCCGCCAAGAUCAACCCCACCAACGCCGUGCUGAUCUGCUGCAUCGGUCUUGUUCUCGAGAAGCAGAAACACCCCGAAGACGCACUCCUCAUGUAUAGCCGGGCGUGCUUCCUCGCACCACAGUCCGCGCUGAGCAGGUUCAAGAAAGCACGCUGUCUAAUGUCGCUGGGACGGCCGAAGGAGGCACUCGCGGAGCUGAAAAUCCUGAGGGACGUGGUACCUGACGAAGCGAACGUGUGGUUCCUAAUGGGCCGGCUUUAUAAGAUCUUGGGUGAAAAGGGCAAUGCCGUGAGGGCGUUUACCAUGGCGUUGAAUUUGGAUCCAAAGGCCGCUCAAUUCAUCAAGGACGCAAUGGAGAGUCUGGACGACGAUGACGACGAAUUUGACGACGACGAGGAUAUGGAGUAA